CUCUCCUGUAGAGUGUUGCAGGCACUAGUUGGCAGAGACAGACUCUUGUCUGUCAUCUGGUGGCAGUUGGGUUUGUAGCAACUUUGCUUGCAGACAGUAAACAAGGUCAGUGCAAGAGAUCAGCUCAACAACAGAAGAAGACAAGUCUCUGCUGUAAAGGUGUGUUUAAUAUGGCGAACAUGGCUGGAACUUGUAAGAAAUGGCAGCAAAGAGAUUCUGGUGAGAAAGAUGGGACCCUGCCUCCGUUGAUCAGCAGCUCCAGUAGCGUAUCUACUAAAAACACCACUAUCCGCCUUCGGGAUAUUUAUGAUCCCAAGCCUCAACCUCCCAAAACCCCAGUUCGGAUCCGCCCUCCAGGUCCAAGAGCUCCCUCUGCAAAGGAACUCAAUUUGAAGCAAAGCUUGCCCAGUGAUCCUCCAACCAAGACGAUCAUGAGGAGACGAGCUCAGUCUCUUCCCUCAUCUUCAGAUAGGAAAAAGGAACUUAGAAGCCUGCAGGUACGCUUUGUGGACUCAUUGGGCCUUGAGUUGGAGGAAGUUAAAGUCUUCAAAGUUCAAGAACAUCCCCUGAUACCCCAACAUGUUAUGUUCAGACUGCUGAUGAGCUCUGAACUGGCUUUUGGGAAGUCAUUGGAGCUGUCACUGCCUUACUUCAAGCCUUGUUUCCCUGAGAAUAUGGGAGCACAGCCAGACUUCCUGAAGCGUCUCUGCACUCAGAGUGUAUGUCUGGAGCAGAUCCUAUGUUCAGAGCAGGGGAUAACAGGCACUAUACAAGUACUUAAUUUAGCUUAUGAGAAAGAGGUCACAGUGCACUACUCAUUCACCAACUGGAGAACAAUCACAGAAACAACAGCAUCCUACGUGUCAAGUGGAUACCGUGCUGAGUGCAACACUCCAGAAACAGAUAUCUUCAGGUUUCGCUUGCCUGUCCCACCCUUCAUUUUGCAGCCAGGAGCCAUUUUAGAAUUUGCCAUUUGCUACCAUGUGAAAGGAUCAAAUUACUGGGACAACAACAAUGGACACAAUUACAAAAUGUCAUGCCACAGCUACAAUGUGACUGUGCCAAGGGAGUGUGAGGACAGCAUGCUGCAUUUCACCUGAAUAUCCACAAGGGGGAGCUGUAACAUCUGAAUACAGAUAUGCGUAGGGGACAAGCAGAAUGCUGCACAUUAACAGUUUCCAGCAGCAGAACUGGAAUAUUAAACUAAAUAUAUUUACUCAAGUACUCUAUGUUUCUGUAAUUUUGAGGUUCCACUAUACUUUCCCACCACCUUUCAGAUUAAAAUAUUUUUAAAAUACAGGAUUGGUUUAUCAAAAUUGUUAGAAUUUCCAGUUUGUUCAUUUGUUAGAAGUUGAAAUGAACGCCAAUCAGCCACAAUGCACUUUUAGUUUCAGUUUUGUCCUUGUGUAAAAUAUUUCACUCCACUUGAAGUCAUGGAAGGAUUCCUGUGUUCCUGCUGGGCUUUUAUUUAGAUUAAAUCCUUACCACCACUGCACAGACCUACAAAGGAAUUUGCUCACUUUGCAUGCUAGCAAGUCUGGUGACCCAGCUGAACUAUUGUUGUAUCGUAACACAAUUUUUUUUGCUGAUUUCAUGCAAAUGGAGAUGAGUUAAUGAUCUGCUGGCAACUUGAGCAGCCUGCUUCUUAUUUCUCUGUAUUUUCUGCUGUGAUCAACAAGGCUUGACCCCAUUCUUCUGGAGCUUGUUUUGUUUUUAGAGAAGAAUUACAGGGACCAGCGUCAGCCUCCUCUGUUGCACUGUGACCAGCUCCCCAUAGAUCCAUGACUGCACUGACCUUUCACUAAAAAAGUUUCCACUAAUAUGAGAGGCCAGAUUCCAGAGAACUUUCUGGCAGGCUGCAAUGUUUGGCUCAUAGCAGGGCAUUCUUCCAUCUGCGUUAGUCACUGCAGCUGUAUGGCAUGCUUUAAACGUGAUAGUAGUCAUCUGAGGACCCAAAGCAUGACCGAGCAUGUCAAGGCUUAAUCCAUAAAUCCAUCAUUGAGAGAAAACUUUCUUACAAACAAAGUUGUACAGCUUGUGAUCCAGAUGUGAGCAAAUUAUUUUUUUGAGAAACAAAAACUGUAGAUUUAAAAUUCUUAUUCAAACUCCUGAGGUAUGAAUGUAACUACAG